AUGCAGUCCGUCACCUACCGGGCGCACGAUGCCGACCGUGAGGAAAAACACGAGAAGCGUGAAUACGAAGACUGUGCGCCCGCCUACGAAGACCCCUUUGGAAAUGAGGAGAAUGCAGAGGUCCAAUAUCGCACUUUGCACUGGUGGCAAUGCGGCAUGAUCAUGAUCGCCGAGACCAUCUCCCUAGGAAUCUUAUCUCUGCCAUCUGCCGUGGCGUCGCUCGGCCUGGCUCCGGCUGUCGUCCUCAUCGUCGGCCUUGGCAUCGUCGCGACCUACACCGGCUACGUGAUCGGGCAGUUCAAGUUGCGCUAUCCCCAUGUCCACAGCAUGGCUGACGCCGGCGAGGUCAUGCUCGGUCGCUUCGGGCGCGAACUGCUUGGCACCGCUCAGCUGCUCUUCCUCGUCUUUAUCAUGGGCAGCCAUAUCCUGACGUUCAUCGUCAUGAUGAAUACCGUGACGGAGCACGGCACCUGCUCGAUCGUCUUUGGCGUCGUGGGCUUGGUCUUGUCGUUUGUGUUGACGCUGCCACGCACGCUUAAGAAGGUGUCGUGGAUGUCGAUUUCGUCAUUCAUCAGUAUCGUUGCCGCGGUGUUAAUCACCAUGAUUGCAAUCAGCAUCCAACGCCCUGGCGAGGGCCAGAUCGACACUACCGUGGAUACAAACCUAUAUGAGGGCUUCCUCGCUGUGACGAACAUCGUAUUUGCCUAUGCGGGCCAUGUGGCAUUCUUCGGCUUCAUCUCGGAGAUGGAGACCCCUACGGACUAUCCGAAGACGCUGUACCUGCUUCAGGGGACCGAUACGAGCAUGUACGUUGUCACUGCCGUGGUAAUUUACUACUACGGUGGGAAAGAAGUCAAAUCGCCAGCGCUGGGCUCGACAAGUCUACUGAUUUCCAAGAUUGCCUAUGGCAUUGCCAUUCCGACCAUUGUGAUUGCUGGGGUGAUCAACGGCCACGUCGCGUGCAAGUAUAUCUACGUGCGGCUCUUCCGCGGGACAGACCGCAUGCAAAAGCGCAAUUUUCUCUCCCUCGGGACAUGGGUGCUGAUCGGGCUGGUGCUCUGGACGCUGGCGUGGAUCAUUGCCGAGGCGAUUCCCGUGUUCAAUAACCUCUUGAGUUUGAUUACGGCACUGUUCGCAAGUUGGUUCACAUAUGGAAUGAGUGGCAUUUUCUGGCUGUUCCUGAACUGGGGGCGAUACACUUCGUCGAAGCGGAAAAUCUUCCUGACGGUUAUCAAUGUUAUUAUCGUAGGAAUUGGGGGUUGUCUGUGUGGCUUGGGGUUGUAUGUCUCUGGCAAGGCGCUUCACGAUAACCCCAGCAGUGCUAGCUUCUCCUGCGCCGACAACUCAUGAUCAGGUGGAGUGGGAAACGCCCGAGAACCGAGGUUUAGUAAAU